AUGGACUCAGAGGUGCACCAAAGCAUAUCGGGCAGCAGGACACAAAUGGCCUUAGCAAAAAGUACUUUGGAGUCCCAAGAAAGUAAUUUCCUUCAAACGGUUUUAUCAUCAGUUACCACUCCCUUUGAUGUGACUUUAUUUAACCAAGAAGAAAUGGUCAAGAUUUCAGAAGGGCGAAGUACGCCGUUGGUAGAUGUCUCUGUAACGAGCAAUGAGGCAUUCUUAAGUGACGAUGAAUUUAUUAGCUCAUUUCCAAAGGCACAGUGGACUCCUCCACUGAAGUCUUUUGCAGUUUUAACAGAUCAUCACUCAGUUAAGACAGUAGAGCCACCAGGAGAAACGUUAGAAACUGUGUUGCUAACACCUUCAUUAUCUGUCCUUUUUUCACCAUAUGAUAUCUUAAAAACAGCACAGCAAAAGACUCCCUUGAGCGCUGUCCCUGAACGCAGUAACAGUCUUACAGAAUUGAAGCCUUUUGUACCAGAUAGUGAAAUGCUAACUGCAAACAGAGACUUGCCGUUGUACCCUCCAAAUACAGCUAUUUAUUUAACUUCCAUUCCUUCAGAGGCGGGAAUUGCAGUGUGGGAAAACAUAAAUGCAAGUUUAACAGCUCUGCCUCUUGGGGCUGCUUCAGAAGGGUCACCUUUUCAUCUCAAGCUGCUGGAUAAAAACAGCCAUGUGACCCCAGAUGCCACAGCACAGAGUGCAGACCCAUAUGGUGACAUUUACACCUAUGCGAGUAGCAGGGCAGCAGAAACUCUCAGUCUAAGGACCUACCCUCCUCCAAGCAUUCCCUGGGCCACCCCGGCUUCAGCAGCCAGUGCUGAGCCUGCUUUGUUUCCUAUUAGUCUUCCACUUGCAUCUUUCCCACUUCACUCAGCUGCCAUUUCCACGGACUCUAAUAUGGUUCUUAAUGCCAGCCUGUUUACACAUGAAUUCUCCAGUACAACACCAAAUUUGCCUGCCAUUUCAGAAAUACCACAUCAAUCAGAGCUUGUUAGUGAGCUCAUGAGUCCAGUGCCUUUCACGAGAUCAUACAGUUCUUGUCUGUAUUGUGACUCAGUUUCACUUCUGCCAGAAGCAGGCUUUUCCUCAGAACAUGAUGUGGGCUCAGGCGAUUAUGUUGAAACUUUGUCCAUCAAAGCCUCUGAAGUACAAGGCAUAACUCCAUUUACAACUAUAAUUACUGACGGGUAUGAAUUAGAGGAGCCUACACCUGAGAUUUUUGAUACUUCUUUUCCAUCGAGACCAGUUGUUUCAUUUUCUUCAAGAUUCGCAGAAAUCCCUGAUUCAAGUGCAUUUUUAUUAAGCACUAUGGACACUGUCCUUAACAGAACAGCUAUAACAGUUUCUCCUUACCAUCAGCUCCCUGGAGGAACAUCACUGAACAUCUCUGUUGCCCAGUUUUCCCUCCCUGUUCCGGAAACAGUUGCGUUGACACCAAGCACUCGUGUAGAACUUCCUGAUGCCGUGCCGUUUGACUCUACCUUCAUCCCAAGUGAGCCGGUAGCAUCGUUUGCAGUCAGUCGUACGACUUUGGAGUCACCAGAAUUAAUGCCAUCAGAAUCUGUAGUUUUGCUUGACAAGACAUCUACAAAGGAAGAACCAUCUUUAAAUAUUUCAGAUUUUCCAUUCCACAUUUUAUCAACACCAUUUCUUAUUGAACCUAGCUACUCGUCUUUAUCAUUGGCCAUGCUAAAUUCUUACUCUGUCAUGCGAAGUGAUUUAUCAACACUCUUACCUCAGACCUUGUUGACUGGGAUAUCAGUACUUUCUGAGGAUGUUUCCAGCUGGGAGUUAGCUACCACUGUCAGCUCCACCACUGAUGCUGAGGUUUCUCAGUUCCCUCUUGGCCAAACAUCAUACUUUUAUUCAAAUGCAUCCUCUGUUCCAGGUGCGUAUGUUCCUGAAAUAACGCUGUCAUCAGAUUUUCACUCUGAGUCGUCUGUCUUUCUGGAAGCACCCUCAGUACUGCCAGCGGGCUCUGAAGUUGUGUUUACCUCAGCUGUUACAGGAGCUACCUCUCAGUUGGAGCCUUCACUCUCCGCGUCUCACUCCGUGGUUCCUACCCUGGUGCUGCCCACUUCUGACACCCCCUCUGUUACCAGCAGCACCUUGCUCAAUGAAACAAAUCUGAUCUCUUUGUUUACUACCUUUCCCGCAACUCCUGUCUUAAACGUAUCUUCAUCUCUGCUCUCAACUGCUCCGGCUUCUGAUGAGGAUAUUGGUGCUAAGGUUAACCCCACGCUGCUUUUAACGUCUCGCAGUGAGGGCAGUGCCCACACAGCCCUUCCUCCCGCAGACCCUGACAACCUGACAUCACGUGCCGACACCAGCAGCGUGAUGCCCUUUCCUACAGCAUCUCUGUCUGUGACCACGUCGUUUGCUCCCACGCAAUUUCCUCCGACUUCUAGCCCUCCCACUGGAUAUGAAGUUCCGGCAGGAAGCAGUGUAACUGCUGGUACUGAUGCAUCGGCUGCUUCCACCACUGUCCCCGCGACCACUGCCACCAGUGCCGCAGGCAGCCGCGGCACGGCUGCUGCAGGCAGCCUGGGGACGUUCUCCUCCACCCCUCCGGCGACCACUACUCCAUCUGAACCUGUGGUCCUAACCUCUGCCGUGACCACUACCAGGCAACCCUAUGUCUGCGACAUCACAGUUCCCGAUGCUUAUUUAGUCACUGCGGUGCUGGCCCGAAGAGCUGUUCUACAAAAUGUCAGUGAAUCCAUCAGAGAAGUGCUCAGAGUUCAGUUCAGGCGAUCAGUAGAGCUAGAGGUUUAUAAAAUCUCCCCCAAAUUUGCUUUCUUGGUGACCUCAGGUCCUUUUGUUUACACGGCAGUAGCUGUCAUAAAUGUGCUUGUGAACAGCAGUCUUCUUCGUGGUGAGGCCCCCAUGAUCCUCUCACUGCAUCCUUCUUUCACUGUGCCAGAUAACAGAUUCCAAGUUCAGACAGUGCUUCAGUUUGUGCCUCGGAACGUGGACGUUGGGUUCUGUGACUUUAGCCGGCGCAUUGAGAAAGGGCUGACAAUGGCAUUCAUGGAAGCAAGCAAACACCAGGAGUUCUACAACUUCACUGUGCAGAUACUGAAUAUAACUCUGAGCAGGCCUGGGGUGGCAUUUCGGCAAGGCCCCGUGAGCAUUGUUUUUGCUGUCCGAGAUAGAUACGGUUUUCUAAAUGGGUCUGAAGUCAGUGAGCAGCUAAGAAACUUGUCCGUGGUGGAAUUCAGUUUCUAUCUGGGCUUUCCUGUGCAGCAAAUUGCUGAACCCUUUCAUUAUCCUAAGCUUAAUGUGUCUCAGUUGAUGAAAUCUUCCUGGGUGAGAACAGUUCUCUUGGGUGUCGUCGACCAGCGAAUUCAGGAGGAAGUGUUUCAGGCUGAGAUGGAGCGGAAACUAGCUCACCUGUUAAACGAGGCUUUGGCCAGAGGGCGGAUAUGGAGACGAGCCAGUUUUGCAGGCAGCAACAUUGUGCAGAUUGUGAACGUGUCACGGUUAGUUGGUGUUGAUAACCCUGUGGAGCUGAUCUAUUUUGUGGAGGACCAAGAUGGAGAGAGACUCAGUGCUCUGAAGUGCUCAGACCUGAUGAACAGAGUUGAUAUCCAGCGGGCUGCAAUCAUCCUUGGAUACCGCAUUGAAGGCACCGUUGCACAGCCUGUGGAGAAGCUGAAGGAGUCCACCUCAGAAUCACAGAAUAGCAACCUAUGGAUUAUUGUUGGUGUGGCAGUCCCAGUUGCUGUGGUGCUCCUGAUUGUUAUUAUUUUAUACUGGAAACUUUGUCGAACGGACAAACUGGAGUUUCAGCCAGACACGAUGAGCAACAUUCAGCAGCGACAGAAGCUACAAGCUCCCAGUGUGAAAGGCUUUGAUUUUGCUAAGCAGCAUCUUGGCCAGCACAAUAAAGAUGAUGUCCUGAUUAUCCAUGAGCCAGCUCCUUUACCAGGACCUAUUAAGGAUAGUACCCCAUCUGAAAAUGGAGAAGUGCCCAGCCCCAAAUCCAAGACUUCCUCAAAGCCUUCAAAGACUGUUCGACACAGAGGGAGAGUUUCGCCGUCAGAUGCUGACUCCACAGCAAGUGAACAAUCCAGUGGGAGAGAGACAGGAGAAGAAACUGCCAGACCAUCAACUGUUGCAAACGAGGGCAAACCACGAAGAGCAGUGAAGAAGGGACCUCCUCAGACCAGCAGUGGAAACGAGCAGCACUCCUCAGCCUCUAUCUUUGAACAUGUGGAUAGAAUGUCGCGUUCCUCAGAUGCCAGCAGACGGGUCCCAAGCAAGAUCCAGCUGAUUGCUAUGCAACCGAUGGCAGCACCUCCGGUUCAGAACUCAGUGCUUUCUGAUCGAGUAGCAGAGACCAACAAAAUUAAUAAAGAGAUACAAACAGCCCUGAGGCAUAAAUCUGAGAUUGAGCAUCACCGCAAUAAGAUUCGUCUUCGUGCCAAGCGCAAAGGGCAUUAUGAAUUUCCAGUGGUGGAUGAUGUGGUGGUGGUUGACUCCAAAGAACAGCACAGAAUAUAUCGCAAGGCACAGAUGCAGAUUGACAAGAUCUUGGACCCUGGAGGCAGUGUGCCUACUGUCUUCAUAGAGCCCAGGAAGAGUUCUCGUGCAAAACGUUCUCCCAAGCAGCGCCGGCGACAUCAGAUAAAUGGUAGUCCUAUCGAUGCGGAAAAGGACAGAUUAAUCACAACUGACAGUGAUGGGACAUACAAAAGGCCUCCAGGAGUCAAUAACUCUGCAUAUAUUUCUGAUCCAGACUUGCCUCCUGAACCUCAGACAUCAUCUUCAGCUGAUCUGGGGAAGUUCCCUGGCUUGCCUUCCCACCCAGUCUCCCAGUACGUCCCACCACAGCCAUCCAUUGAAGAGGCUCGGCAAACCAUGCACUCGCUGCUGGAUGAUGCUUUUGCGCUGGUGGCUCCCAGCAGCCAAGCAGCCAAUUCCACGGCCGUCACACCACCCGGGGUCUCUGCAGGACAGCCGAGAUAUGUGGAAUUUGGAAUGACUCCACCAACAGCACCAGGUCUCCUACCAAGGCAGAACUUUGGGCCAGGUUUUCUUCAACCUGCGGAGUUAAUGCACCCGGACCAGCAGCCACCUGAGGUUCAGUAUUCCUCCAGAGGGAUAUACUCAGAGGAAGUGCCAUCAGUGGCACGGCCACGACCAGUUGGAAGCACUGCAGGUUCUCAGAUACAGCACCUCACUCAGGUGGGAAUUGCUAGCAGGAUCGGAGGUCAACAAGUGGAGAUCCCCUCAGGCAGAGCAGGGCAUGGCCAGCCGGGGGGGCCAGGGUGGCCCCAGUACCGUGGAGAGGAUGAAUAUGCUAGGCGAGAUGCAACGCAUAUGCAUGGACACCAAGAAUAUUCCUCCUCACCAGUAUUCCAGAUGCCGAGGACUUCAGCCAGGCAGCCUUCGGCACCCCCUGCUCAGCUUCCACACAACAGCCUUCAGGGCCAGGGCCUUUGCUACACCACCAGUUCCACUGAGGACCUCCAGCCAGGUCACUCUUCAGCCUCUCUUAUCAAAGCAAUUAGAGAAGAACUUCUACGACUUUCUCAGAAACAGACAACAGUGCAGAACUUCCAUAGUUGAUUUAGCAUUCCCUUGCAAAUCUGCCAGGUAUCUGCUUCCUAUGGAAGCAAAGACUUAGAGGAAAUCAGCAAUGUUGUUCUCUCAAAAGAAUGAACUUUCACAGCUCUGUUGACAACACUCUGGAAAAAAUGAAAAAGGCAGCAAAAUGAGGAUAGUAAGGAGAGAUGGAGGACAAACAGGGAAAAUCAUCAGUGUCAUCACAAGUAAUAUUAAUUAAUCUGCUAAUAUUACGGUGCUCCUCUUCUCUCCCUACCCUCAUUCAGCCUAACAAAUAAAUAAAACCUUAGGUCAAGAAGUCAACACUCCAGCAACAAAAAAAUC